CUUUUAUAUUUAUGAUAAUGAGAUACCUACAAGUUAAAGAAUAUGUUCUAUCAACGUAUAGAAUCGGUAACACUAUGACCUUGACCAGCAGAAACAGAAAACUGUUGGUCAGUAAAAUCUCCUUGGUGAUUGGAAUAUUGGCCAGUAUAGGGGCCAGUAUGGUCGGCAAUUUUCAGGAGGACAAUGUAAUAGUUGCUCACAUUAUCGGAGCCUACAUGGCGUUUGGUCUUGGUGGUUUAUAUUCUUGGAUACAGGCUGUCUUAUCUUAUUAUAUUCCUGAAAUACACGGCUCAUCUAAAGCAGCUCGACAUAUUCGAGUAUUAUGUUGUAUAUUAGCCACAGUAGCUUUUAUACUUAGUAUCCUUUUCAACUUACUUGAGAUUCUGGCGGCGUAUUUUGGAAACGAUCUUAGCACUAGGAUAUCUUCAGAUAAUUGUUAG